AUCGGUGCAAAGCACGAGUGAGUGGGGACUUGUAACAGCUGGAGACCUACGUAAAUCACAAUGGCGGGGGGGAAUUAUGAGUGUCACACAUUUGUUCAGUGAACGUACACGUCUCAAUAUUGUACAAUUUAUUUCGUAUGUUGUUCUCUAUUUUUAUUGUAGGCCGACAGUGCUGUCGUUGCGUAUAGGGACUCGCUUAUAGUGUUCAGUUUGUGCGUGCAUUUUGUCGGCCUUGAGAUAUUAAUUUAGUGUCAGGUGCGGUAAAUUGAUGCAUCUGUCUCAUUCGAAUGGUUCAUUGCAGAAUGUUGGGGGCAGGUGCGCCCGCGGCUUUCCUAGUGAAUGAUAAAGGUUGAUGAAAGGGUUACGGUUUGGGAGGCUGCGCAGUACGAAAUUUCUUGAUCAUACAAGGCAUGCUUUCGCUUCCGGGCUAGCGGUCAGAGAUGUUAGAGCAGAGCGCACAGUGAACAAACGAUAGACCGAGCAUCGAUGCUUCGUGCAGGCAGGAUGGAGGAGUUUGUUACGGAGGAAGAUGAGCCAUGGUACGACCAACGGGAUUUGGAGCAGGAUCUGCACCUGGCAGCUGAGCUGGGGAAGACCCUGUUGGAGCGCAACAAGGAGCUGGAGGACUCCUUACAACAGAUGUACAUCAACAAUGAGGAACAGGUGCAGGAGAUCGAGUACCUGUCCAAGCAGCUGGAGAUGCUGAGGGAGAUGAACGAGCAGCAUGCCAAGGUCUACGAGCAGCUAGACGUGACGGCCAGAGAGCUGGAGAUCACCAAUGAGAAACUGGUUAUAGAGAGCAAGGCCUCGCAGCAGAAGAUAGACAGGUUGACGGGUACCAUGGAGACACUGCAGGCUCAGGUGGAUACCAUGACAGCUCGUGUGGAGGAACUACGUAUACUAAAGGAGCUGAGGGACCACAGAGAGGAGCGGGAGCGACGCAAGACUGUCCACUCCUUCCCCUGCCUUAAAGAACUCUGCACUGCACCAAAGUAUGAGGAUGGCUUCCUGGUGGCCAUCCCCGGCAGUGUGGACCUGGUGUCUGAGCGUGAGCGCCGGCCGCUGGACGAGGAGAACGAGCGUCUAAAAGGUGUGGUCUCCUCCCUGAGGUCCGCCAUGGUAGUAGAACGGGGCCGGAGGGAGGGGGCAGAGAGGGAGUGCACAGCUGUGCUGCAGGAGUUUGAGCUUAUGGAACAACGCCUCCUGGGGGCUGAGGGCUGCCAGCUGCGAGUGCAGGAGCUGGAGGCGGAGCUUCAGGAGAUGCAGCAGCUGAGGAGGUCCCGGGUCUGUCUGUUGGAUGAGGGUCUGGAGCAGACCCUGCUCAACAAUGCCCCUGAGACCGACACACCCGAGGAGGGACUGGGGCAAAAGGAGGGAGGGGAGGGGACGGGGGAGUCCGGGGGGACAGGAGGAGGGGGGCAGCAGGGAGGCCCCGUGAGGAAAAGCUGCAGCGACACGGCGCUCAACGCCAUCUCGGCCUGCGACGCCUCUGGCAGGCGACAGGGCAGCUACGCAAUCCAUGCCAACGGCGUGCGCAAGCGCGGCAUGUCCAUCCUGAGGGAAGUGGACGAGCAGUACCACGCCCUGCUGGAGAAAUACGAGGAGCUGCUGGGGAAGUGCCGGCGCCACGAGGAGGGCAUGUGCCACGCGGGGGUGCAGACGUCACGCCCUGUCUCUAGAGACCCCUCCAUGAAGGACUGCGGCAUGGCCACCCCCGGCCCCUCAGCCAUGGCUGCUGCACCCACCACCCCGCCCCAGACCCCCUCCACCCCAGAGGCCCUGGAGGGCAUCAGCCGGCAGGUAGACCAGGUGGACAAGAGGCUGGGCCAGAACACCCCAGAGUACAAGGCCCUGUUCAAAGAGAUCUUCUCCCGCCUGCAGAAGACCAAGAGUGAAGUGAACACCACCAAGGGUAGGAAGUCCCCAAGGGUUGGAAGUCCUAAGGGGAAAAAGUCCAAAGACAAAUGAGCUGCUUUCGUGAUACUACUGAACAUGACCUCUCCUGAUACUACUGAACAUGACCUCUCCUGAUACUACUGAACAUGACCUCUCCUGAUACUACUGAACAUGACCUCUCCUGAUACUACUGAACAUGACCUCUCCUGAUACUACUGAACAUGCACUGAAAACAAUGGGUACAGAAGCCACAGAUUUUUUUUCUUAAUUAGUUUCUCUUUGUUUGACUGUGUUUGUUCAAAGGGGUCACUUGAUGACAGGUUACCUGUACUUCUGCACUGGGGAAAUGAUACAAUCUACUGUGGAUGAUCCCCUCAGCUGUUUUAUCUUUCUGGAUACAGCCACGUUUCACCCAGAUGUACAAUGAAUUGUACCUCUGACGACAUUCAUCAUCUGGGUAGAUGAAAUGCCUUGAUUCUUGACCUAAUUUAAGAUCAUUUAUGACAACCUAGUUCUGCACUAAAAAUCUGUUAGACCCAUCUUUGGUCAAGACAAUCCAGUACAAUGUUUAAAUGACUGAGUGUGUAGACUGAGACUGCACUAAUUCUAUUUAAAAUGUAUAAAUAAUUGCUAUUUAAUGUUUUUGAUGACUGACAAUGAAUAACAUGUGCAGAGCUAUUCAUAAAAUGUUUUCAAAAUCAAUCCUGAUGUUCAAUGAAUAACACUGUUGCCUUAACAUCUUAGGCUUCACGUAUGCAUCUAUCCAACACAUACAUUGGUUUUGAAAUCAGUAGGUGAAGCCAGUAGACUUCAAUUGAGGGAGCCCAUGGUACUCAAGGAAGUGAUAACUUGUUCUAAAAUAAAUACUGUAUGUAAACUGUUAAACUAUCAGUGUAUUGGUGAAUUUACCUUUUUGUAAAAGGAUUCUCAAGAUGGAUAUAAUGUUGCCAAAAUGGAGUUAGGUUGUCCAAGCUAGAGAACUGAGGACCUGCUGAUGCUGUGUAGAAAUUGAACUCUCAACCACACUUGACUAAGCUACUGUAACUGUGCUCUCUAAGCACUGACUCAGACCAUGGGUACAUCUCCAUGACUCCUUGUUUCCUGGACUGCUUAUUUCAAGUGCACAAGGGGCUCUAGCUGCCCUCUUAUCAGUACUUUGGCUUUUCAUUUGAAUAUUUUCCUUGUUCUCUUCUGCUCUUUGUGUGAGAUGGUCUUCUAUGCUGGUGUGUUCUAGAUGCAGACUGGAUGGUAGACGGGUGAAGAUGGUUUACAGAACGUUGUACUUUAAAGCUGAAUCAAUAACAGAACAGUGUAAAGAGUAACAUGACUUUGAUUAAAAAGACACCGUGACCUCCA